CAUAAUUCCACUAGAAAGUCUCUUUUUCCUUCCUUUUACUUUGCUUUAGUUCCCUUUCCAUUUGUUUUCUUCGUCUUUUCCAACUUUAGUUUUUCCUUUUCUUCCUUUUUGACUAAUGGCCAAUUAAUCAAGUUUUCUUAUCUGUUUCACACCUUAAUUUCUGAAAAUAAUGGAAAAGGUAGCGUACAUAGACUAGUAAUAGUGAUAAAGGUAAAGUCUUACUCUUUAUUAAGCACCACAAUAGCCCAACUAUGUCAGUUUUCUCAUCUUAGACAAAGCUGGGAAUUUGCCUGUUAGUCUUUAGCAAUAUUCUUCAACAAUGUCUCAUGCUUCUUCUUCCAAAGUUUGCAAGUAUGACAUCUUUUUGAGUUUUAGAGGUGAAGAUACACGUAGAACCUUUGUGAGUCAUCUCUAUAAUGCUCUAAAACAAAGAGGAAUCCACACUUUCAAAGAUGAUGAGCGGUUGGAAACGGGAAAAACAAUUUCUGGUGAACUUUUAAAAGCCAUCGAAGAGGCCAAAUUCGCGGUCGUGAUAUUUUCAAAAAGCUAUGCAUCCUCUAGAUGGUGCUUAGAGGAACUAGCACACAUCAUAAAGUGCAAAAAUGAAUUGGAGCAGAUUGUGAUUCCAAUUUUCUAUGAUGUGAGUCCAUCAGAUGUGCGCCAUCAAUAUCCCCCUUUUGCUAAAUCCUUUUCCCAACACGAGGAAAAUUGCAAAGAUGAUUUGGAGAAGGUUCAAAGAUGGAGGAAUGCAUUUGUGGAGGCAGGGAAAAUAUCAGGGUAUCAUUUACAAAAUUUCAAGGAUGAGGUAGAUUGCAUCAAGAAAAUAGUUGAUUACAUAUUACCAAAGUCGCUUCAAGUUAUCUCACUAUCGUCCAAAAGCUUAGUGGGUAUUGAACCUCAAAUUGAGAAAGUAAUCUCAUUGUUAGAUAUGGAAUCAAAUGAUGUAUGUUCAGUUGGAAUAUGGGGGAUGAGCGGUAUCGGCAAGACAGAAAUCGCGAAUGUUAUAUAUCAGAGAUAUCGUCAUCGAUUUGAAGCCGAUUGUUUUCUUAAUUGUGAUGUUGGAGAAAUGUACCAGAAAAAGGGACUGACAUGGUUACAGAAAGCUCUGAUCCGCAAGCUAUUGGGAAAAAAGAUGACAAUAACUAGUGAAUGUGAAGGUGCCAUGAUUAUAAAGAAUGGGCUUCGCUGGAAGAAAGUUAUGCUCAUUCUUGACAAUGUAAGCCAUCUAAGUCAACUAGAGUUUAUAGUUGGUGGGACAGAGUGGUUUGGCAGGGGUAGUAGAAUUUUGAUUAUCACGAGAGACAAGCACCUGGUAAUCACUCAUUUGAAGGAGGAUAAAGUAUAUGAAGUCCUACUAUUAUCUAAAACUGAAGCUCUUGAACUGUUUUGCAUGCAAGCUUUCAAAAGAAAAUCUCCUAAGAGCGAUUUUAAGGAACUUUCAAGUGAAGUGGUGAAGUAUGCUGAUGGACUCCCUUUAGCUCUUAAAGUUUUGGGUUCUUCUCUUUAUGGACGAAACAAAGAGCAAUGUAGGGACAUAAUUGAUAGAUUGAAGAAGAUCCCUAAUGAGGACAUUCUAGAAAAACUAAAGAUCGGUCUUGAUGGGUUGAAUAAAGAUGAGAUGAGAAUAUUUCUAGAUAUUGCAUGCUUGUACAAUUAUAGACUUAACAUAUGAUGUGAACGAAUACUUAAAAGUUGUGGUAUUCACUUGAUAGGAAUAAAUUACCUCAUCGAAAAAUCUCUCUUAUCCGUCAGAUAUGGCUUCAUGUUUGAGAUGCAUAAUUUGAUAAGUCAAAUGGGUCAAAAUGUGUCAAGGCAAGAGCAUGCACACAACAGAAUAUGGCUCCAUGAGGAGGUUCAUGACCUUUUUGCUGGAAAGUUGAAACCAAAAAAGGUGGAAAGCCUGCGUAUCCCAAAUGGUUAUCGUUUUGCAGAUGAUCAUGUAAAUCAUAGCAAGGUACUCAAGAGGAUGCUAAGCUUACAGGUGUUGAUAUUUGAUUAUGAAACUAUUUGCUCGGAAAGCACUGUGACUUGUCUUCCUUCUAGCCUACGGUGGAUUAAAUGGCCGAAGUAUCCUUCAAGUUCAUUGCCGGAGGAGUAUGACCCAUCACACCUCGUUGGGCUCUGUUUAUAUAAAAGUCAGCUUGUCGAACUCUGGCCAAUACCAAAGAAAUUGAGCAACUUGAAGCAUUUGGAUCUAACCAGCAGCUUUGGGUUAAGAAAAACCCCUAAUUUUGGUGAUAUGCCAAACUUGGAGACACUAAAUUUAAAUAAGUGUAAGAAUUUGGAAGAGGCCCAUCCCUCUCUUGGACAUUGCAGAAUGCUUACACUAUUGGAUUUAAGUAGUUGUGAAAAUCUUAAGAAGCUUCCAGAUUUGAAAUUGAGCAACUUGAAGCUAUUGAAUCUAAGGGUGUGCGGUGGGUUAACAGAAAUCCCUAAUUUUGGUGAUAUGCCAAACUUGAAGGCACUAGAUUUAGGUGGGUCUAAGAAUUUGGAAGAGGUUCAUCCCUCUCUUGGACAUUGCAGAAUGCUUACUUAUUUGAAUUUGUCUGAUUGUCACAAACUUAAGAAGCUUCCAGAAUUGAAAUUGAGCAACUUGAAGCUAUUGAAUCUAAGAUGGUGCUGUGAGUUAACAGAAACCCCUAAUUUUGGUGAUAUGCCAAACUUGGAGGCACUAAUUUUUAAUGAGUGUAACAAUUUGGAAGAGGUUCAUCUCUCUCUUGGACAUUGCAGAAUGCUUAAUUAUUUGAAUUUGUCUGAUUGUCCCAAACUUAAGAAGCUUCCAGAAUUGAAAUUGAUCAACUUGAAGCCAUUGAAUCUAAGGGUGUACGGUGGGUUAACAGAAAUCCCUAAUUUUGGUGAUAUGCCAUACUUGUUGGCACUAGAUUUAGGUGGGUCUAAGAAUUUGGAAGAGGUCCAUCCCUCUCUUGGACAUUGCAGAAUGCUUACUGAUUUGAAUUUGCGUCAAUGUGAAAAACUUAAGAAGCUUCCAGAAUUGAAAUUGAGCAACUUGAAGCUAUUGAAUCUAAGCGGGUGCGGUGGGUUAACAGAAACCCCUAAUUUUGGUGAUAUGCCAAACUUAGAGACACUAAUUUUUAAUGAGUGUAAGAAUUUGGAAGAGGUCCCUCCCUCUUUUGGACAUUGCAGAAUGCUUAGAGUAUUGAGCAUAAAAUCUACUGGUAUAAGAGAACUACCUUCAACAUCUAUUGGGACUUUGAGUGGCCUCAAAUCUCUCAAGUUGGGAGGUUGUGAAGAUCUUGUAAGUCUACCAGACAGCCUCUGUAAUUUGAAUAAUCUUAAACAUCUUGAUCUUCAUGGCUGCAAAAAGCUAGAGAAGCUUCCAGAAAACAUUGGGGAAUUGCAAGAGUUAGAGACACUUGAUGCAAGAGAAACUGCAAUCUCCCAACCACCUCCGUCCAUCACCAAACUUGGCAAACUUAGUAAUCUCAAUAUUUUGGGUGGACUUCCUGAUGAUUUAGGAUCUUUACAAUCUUUGGAAAGUUUGGAUGUUAGUGGAAGCAAUAUUUCUUGCUUACCCAGAAGCAUCAAAGAACUCUUGGGGCUUAAAAACUUGAACACUCAAUUCUGUCAGAAUCUUAAUGAAUUGCCAGAAGAGCUACCCCCAAAUUUGAAGAAGCUACAUGCAGAUUAUCAUUUAUCCUUGAAGAGCAUCAGAGAUCUAGUAAUUAAGUGUCUUAAGUUGCGUUUUCUCUCAAUAUCAUGGUGUGGUCAUGAAAUCCCCGAAUACGGAACUGUCUCAAGUGAACAAGUUAAUGUGUUCCUACAGCAUUAUAUUAGGACAUGCAUCCAGUGUGACUUCGAACAAAGGGAUUACUUUCUCAUUUCUUUUCCCAAAGUUAGAAUUCCAGAGCUGUUCGAUUAUCAGUUUAUAAAUAAAAAAAAGGUCUCAAUUGAUCUGAACCCAUCUUGGUAUACCGAUAAAUUCAUGGGUUUUUCGAUAUGUUGCUGUUCUAAUAGUGAGUAUGUGAGUUUAGUAGCUACAUUGGUCUGCAAAUCUGACCCUGGAAGAGAACAUUCCUUGAAGUAUAGCCUCCCCGAAUGUUGGCCCAAGUCUGCUAUGUGUUUCAUCUACAUACCAUUUGAAACAUUGUGGCACGCUUCUGACAAUAAAGAAGGGAAGAACCCAAAUGAUUACUGCCUGUUUGAGGUAUAUUCAGUGUACGAACAGGGAGCAUAUUGGGGAAUUCGCCCGGAGUAUGAGAAUAAUGAUACUGCAGUGACAACUGAAAUUUGGUGCUCUAUGGAACUUGAGAAACCAGAGUCGUCACUCACUUUUGGACAUUUGCAAGCAUUUGCUGAGCAUAACAUUGCAAUAGACAGGGGACUACACUCGGGCAAUGAGAAUAAAGAUGUAGAGGUGGAUCAAGCAGCAAUGGCAGUUCAAAAGGACCAUGAAUCUCAAAAUGUUGAGCUGGCUAGAGUUUAUGAUAGCCCAUCAAGAAAAAUGGAUGAUGCUUCAAGAAAGAGAAAGAAAAAAAGAAAGAGAAAUAGAAAUAAAAAGAGAAAGAUAGUAGGGACAGAUGAGACUAGCUGCUCUCAUUUCACCAACAAGCACGCAUGAUUUUGAUUGGAUCUUGAGAAACAUCUUCCUUUGCUUGCAAAAAUUUGUCACUGAAAGGAGAAAAUCGAGGAAGCACCUAUCCAAUCAGAUAUUCAAAACAAAGAAGAUGAAAUGAGGGAGCAAUUACUCAACAUCAGAGCCAAGUGCGAGGAGCUUUGCAAAUGGGCAAUGCAUUUAUGGUCUAAGUACCACUGCUUAUCCUACUACAAGUCCCAAACUCUCUCCCGUGCUGCGAAAAGAUGAUGUAGUAACAAUUGAAAUUGGCUGCUCCAUGGUAUUUGAGAAACUAGAGCCAUCAUGCACUUCUGGUUCGCAGGCGUCUACUGAGCAUAACUUUGCAACAGCCCGGGACCACAUUCAGGCUAAGAGAAUGAAGAUCUAAGAUGUGGAUCAAGUAGAAAUGGUUUUGUUUUGCAUCAAAUAUCGGUCCUUGCUACAUGCGGAUUGUCAUUUAACCAAGCUGAAGUCAACUGAAACAUCAGUACUCAGGAAAUAAGAAUUAAAAUUGCAUUUCUCAUUUUAUAUCUUUAAUGUGAUGGAAUGAAGAUGAUCCGCACAACAAAUAUAUAUGUCCUUCAGUAGAGAAAGUGGUGCAUUAUGAUGGUCAAUUAGAAAAUCUGCAACAGCUAAGUUUGUUUCUGCCAACAAGCUUCCUUUAGUGACAACUUUUACUAAAGAUACCGCCCCUUCAAUUUUUGCCAGUCCAAUUAAGAAGACGGUUUUGCAUUUUCACUACAGCAAUUGAUACAGAUAAGUUGUUCCCAACAUUUCGAGAUGCUGCAAAACUUUUCAAGGGAAAGAAUGAUGUGGAUGUGAGAGUCUUGGUUGGGAACAAUUUUGAUGAAAUCGUUCCAAAUGAGUCAAAAGACGCGCUCUUGAGCCCCACCAAUUAUGGAACUAUGGAGAAUACAAAGAAGCUCUGAACACAUGCCUGGAGACAUGCUCCAUAACAAAUUCAAUCUCGUUACCGAUAUUUAGAGUUAUAGAUAAGAUUACAAAGUCAAUCUCGUUGUCGAUAUUUAGAGUUAUAGAUAAGCUUACAAAGUCGCUAAGGAGUUGGUCAUUUGUUCAAUGUCGCUCCCAAUUAUAGAUAAGCUUACAAAUUGUCAGAUUUUAGAUAUAUUAGAAUUUAUUGUUGCUUUUUAUUAUAUGUUGGUGCAAGAACGUUUACCAUCAGCGUAACGAGUUGUAGAUUAUUUAUGGUAGCAUUUUUGUGGUUUAAUAAAA